CUGUAAACAUGUAGAUUGGGGUACUGUCUCUUCCUCUUUCAGUGUCAACAGAGGACCUUACUCAGUAUUUUCUUGUGCCUUAAGUGCUUCCGUGGCCAAGAUUGUACCAAGAAUGAUCACGGAUGUUCAGGGAUUAGAGAACUAUGGGCCUUUGUACCAAUACUGUUGCACUUGUCUGUGAUUUCAGGUUCAAACACACCUGGAAAACCCAACAAAGUACCAUCUUCACCAGACACAGAGGCAACAGGUGAAACAGUACCUCGCACUGGGCACCAAGCUUUCCAAUCAGGCACUCUCCAUUUCUCACUCGCACCCAGGAGAAUCUGUUAGAGCAACUCCUAUUAUGAGAAAUGCCCACAUUCUCCCUGGCAAUGAAAGUAAUACGCCUGAAAGUCCAAUCACACUGCUAUCUCUAGGACCAAAUCACGAAAAUGAGAUGGAUGAUGUUAUCGAUGAUAUAAUCAGUUUGGAAUCAAGUUGCUUCAACGAAGAUUCUCUCGGUUGUUUGGAGCCACCUCCCCUCAUCCAUAACACAAUGCCAUUGUCCAACAAUAUUCUAGAUGUUUUUGGUGGAGAUCAGGGAAUGACUACUACUAUUGGACUCACUGGUACUUCUUGCUCUGUUAACCUUCCAGUGAAAAGGGAAAUUACAGCUACUCAACCUGGAAAUGCUGAAACACGUGCACUUGUUAAAGAAAGACAAAAGAAAGAUAAUCACAAUUUGAUUGAACGAAGACGAAGAUUCAACAUCAAUUAUCGUAUCAAAGAGCUUGGCACCUUAAUCCCAAAGUCAAAUGAUCCACUUUUAUUAAAAGAUGACCUUUUACUCUGCAGUGAUGUACGUUGGAACAAAGGUACCAUUUUGAAAGCAUCUGUGGAAUAUAUCAAGUGGCUCCAGAAAGAACAACACCGUGUCCGAGAAUUAGAAAACAGGCAAAAGAAGCUGGAACAAGCUAACCGGAGACUACUGCUGCGGAUUCAGGAACUGGAAAUGCAGGCCCGAGUCCAUGGGCUGCCCACGAUGUCCUCUGCCCUUAGUCCAACAGAGCUGGUUACUCACCUUGUCAAGCAUGAGUCCUACCAAGCAGACAAUAGCCCUGAUUACUUACAGCAGCCAACCUUGCCUCAGAUGUUGAGUGAACUCAAUGAAGGGCCUUGUAGCUUCUUGGAUCCUUUGUCCCAUUUCACAGACUUGUCCUUCAGUGCUGCUUUGAAACAGGAAAACAGGCUUGAUAACAUUCUAAUAGAUAACACAAUUUCACCAUUGGCUGCUGAUCCUCUGUUAUCUGCAACAUCACCUGAUGCAUCUAAAGGAAGCAGUAGGAGAAGUAGUUUCAGCACAGAUGAUGAGGAAUUGUGAGAAAUGUUAUUCUGUGAUGCAGUGAGGGACUAUGAUCAUUUCACUUAAAAAUGAUUAAACACAGAUGAUUUGCUUACUGCUUGAUGCCCUUUGAGCCAUUUGCACAUCAAGCUGUUAGACCUUUACUCUGAAGGUUAGAAUCCUCUCCACAUGUUUGAUUAUUAUUUCACCUUUGCUGCUGCUAUUAAUAAUCCUUUGAGGGAAAUUGAGACCUAGAACUCACGUGAACAAAAUAAAACUUGCAUAUUUUCAGAAGUAUAUAAUCAUAUGCACAAUUAAUAGGGAAUGCAAAACUCCAACAUCCCUUUUCCCUAAGUAGAUUUGAAUCUGAUCUGUAUACCGAAAAUCAAUUUGCCUUUUUUUUGUGGAGGAGAAAUAAGACAGAAAUAUGGAAACACAAAUCUGCCAAAACUGAGAGGCAGACAAAUGCACAUUAGUCUAUUUUAUGUAAAUACAGCAUUAUGUCCUGCACAGUUUGAAUAGUUACAGACACUAGAUGGUUUAUUGAAGAGUCAGCUGGAAUUGCAUUUUUCUGAAUGCAAUGUGUAUUCUUUAGGAAUUUAAGAUAUGACUGUGUUUCCUCCCCUUCUCCCCCAGACCCCUUGCCAAGUAUAAUUGAGUCCAACUGCAUUCUUAUGCUUCAAGGGGAAGAGAGAUUCUCAGCUCAGCUGACUGGGUGUGGUCUAGAAUCAUGCAUAACUUACCAUUUCUGUUUUUUAAACAGCAAUUGAGCAAAAGGGAGAUGGCGAGUUCAUUUUGAGAAAUAAGCACCCAUGUGAUGCAAAAAACCUUUUUUUAAGCUAUUGUAAUACUGACUCUUCCUGGACAUAUGGGAGAAUUAUGUUGCAGUAUUACAUGCAAGAGCCUUUGUUUAAAGUAUAAUUAAGGUGUAUAUUAGUUUGUUAGUAAUGUAUUAAGCAAAUGCAUAUUAUAGAAAAUACUUAAUACAUUCUUGAAUAAUUUUUUUAAUAUUGAAAGAAAGCUCCCACAAUGUCAAGGAGUUUUAAGAGAAAAUUUAGUUUCUAAUGUGUUACAUUACUUCUUGCUGCAAAAUACAGAAGUAAUGGUCUUGGAAUUUACACUGAUUUUGUUUCAUAAUGUGCUUUAGUGAUCUUCCUUUUGAAAUAAUAUUUCAUGUACAUCAGCUGUUUUUCUUUUUAAAAGAAAGUAACCUAUCUUCCUUGGCGUUAGAGCUGUCUUUCCCACUAUGUAUUAAUUGUUGGAUCCAUUUGAUCGGUGAACAAGAACAGCAUAAUUAAAGAUAUGUUGCAAUUGGCAAAAGGGGCAUUACAAUAGGUCUUAGUUUCCCAUAUUUCAAUAACAGUAUUCAUGUAUACUGCAUCUUUAAUAUAGCGAACUAUUUCAAGGUGCUUUAAAGAAUCAGAAAAUAAAACAUGGGACACUAAGCCAAAGAAUUGGGGGGAGAAAAGGAGGGUGGCCAAAAAGCUUGGUCAGAGCUGGGUUUUAGGAAAGGUCUUAAAAGGGAGGUGAAAAAGCAGGGGAAAUUGAGGGAAUUCCAGAGUGUACGGGGUUGAAGUCAUUGCUGCCAAGUGUAAAUGCAGAAGAGGCCCAGAGUCGAAUGGAAAGUUCAGAUCAAGUUGUUGACCUGGAGAGGGGUGCCAUAGGAAGGUAGGGGUGAGGUCAUGAAGGGGUUUAAGCACAAGGAUAAGCGUUUUAAAUUAGUGCUUAGGGGAAUCAGGUACCAAUGUAGGAUGGCGACGAUAGAGGUAAUGGGGAAGCAGGACUUGAUGCAGGAUGGGAUUCAGGCAGUAUAAAAUGCUGAAACCUGUGACCUUUUACUGAUGGUGAUGGUUUGGUAUUGCAUUAGCAUUUUUGAAUAAAAUUUUGUACCUGCUGGAAUAUACAAAGUCCAGAAAUUCCCUUAAUUGAUUAGCCAUAAUGUUACAUGAGCACUUGUGAUAUCUUAGUAACAUUUUUCUACAUAUAGCUUAAAUUAGAAUGUUGUUUUGGAAGGCUGUCCUUCAAGCAAUCUAAACUUCUUGGAAGUAAUGCAAAAUUUGGCUGUGUUUGAAUCAUUUAACACAGUAAAAUAGAAUUGGGAAGGAAAAACUGAUCUGAACUUGGAAGUAUUUAGCCAGUCUUUGCCUUAGAAAGAUGAAAGAAAAUUAAUAUCAUCACUGAAGGCUAAUUUUCGAUGGGAGAAAAUGUUUUAACAAUGUUUACCCUGUUCUGUAUAAAUGGGUUUACAAUUUGCAACAGUGCACAGACAACAUGCUAGUUUUGAAAUGAGGGAAGAGAUGAAGAUUUUGACAGCUCAAUGACAGCAGUUACUAAGUACUUGUGCAACGAUUUCUGUGCUUGAGCACUAAUGAUUGAGAUGCACAUCUAUAUUCAAGGUUAUAAACUACUGAAAUGUACUGUCAUUUACAAUUUUUGUAUGCAAUAACCCUUUGUAAAAUUUGUAUAGAUUUUUAAUCUUAUGUAAAAGAUUCAAGUGCUAAAUUCUUUUAUGUACAUAGUGUUUUUUUUUCUGGACAUUACUAAAACCAGUAAACUCACCAUAAAACAU